AUGGAAGACGACAGAGCUGCGACCAACUUGGGGCCCGAUGCCGAGCAGGGCAUGCCGGAGGAGGCUGUGCCCGUGCAGAAACAACCGAAGCGACGUUUUGUGGGCAGAAAGACGGCGGAAAAGGCGGGCGAGCAGCAAGCGGAUCCCAAUGCCAACAUUGAGGAUUCCAGCGCGAUACAAGUUGCCCAGCCUCGACGUACUGCUCGUGUCUUGAACGCCAUCCCCAACGACAUACUCCACGACCAGGAGAUCAACGACGCGAUCGCCCUCCUGCCUCCAAACUACAGCUUCGAGAUCCACAAAUGUAUACAUCGCAUACGGACAUCUGGCGCCAAGUCGAUAGCCCUGCAGUUCCCCGAGGGCCUGCUGCUAUUUGCGACGACUAUAUCCGAUAUCCUGACGCGAUUCUGUCCCGGUACUUCGACGCUGAUAAUGGGUGAUGUCACGUACGGCGCGUGCUGCAUAGAUGAUUACACCGCAAGAGCGCUGGGAUGUGACCUUCUCAUACACUACGCACACAGCUGUCUGAUACCGGUAGCAGUAACGAAGAUCGCGACACUGUACAUCUUCGUCUCCAUCAGUAUCGAUACCCAACAUCUGAUCAAUACUAUCACCGAGAAUUUCCCCGUAGGAAAGACCAUGGCGUUAGUUGGCACCAUUCAGUUCAACGCUACAAUACAUGGCAUCGUGCCGAUACUACGGAAGGAAGGAUAUAAUCCGUUUGUGCCACAGAUCGCGCCUUUAUCCAAGGGCGAGAUUCUGGGCUGCACGUCACCGUCGAUGGCCAUCAAGCCGGGCCAACUCAAUGCGCGAGGCAAAGAAGAGGAAGUACCAGACAUGAUACUAUAUCUCGGCGACGGACGCUUCCACCUCGAGAGCGCUAUGAUCGCCAAUCCACAUAUACCCGCUUACCGCUAUGACCCAUACUCGCGGAGGCUGACACACGAAACUUAUGAACACGAUUCACUAUACGACUUACGCCGCACAGCUAUUCUCACAGCUCGGAAAGCUCGCACAUGGGGCGUUAUCCUCGGUUCGCUAGGACGGCAAGGCAACCCACAUACACUGACUCUCAUCGAAAACGAGCUGGCACGCCAAGGCAUAAAAUGUAUAAAUCUACUAAUGUCAGAGAUCUUCCCUGGAAAGCUGGCGAUGAUGUCUGAUGUAGAGGCUUGGGUACAGAUUGCAUGUCCUAGAUUGAGCAUUGAUUGGGGUUACGCGUUUCCGAGGCCGUUACUAAGUCCUUAUGAGGCGCUUGUUACGCUUGGAGUAAGAGACGCGCCAUGGUUAGAGGAGGAUGAUACAGUGAGGAGAUUCGAGGCGAAAGACAGAAAGAACCUCUACCCUAUGGACUUUUACGCGAAGGAGGGGUUGGGACGGACUACGGUCGAUCACGUGAAAGCUGCCGAAGUGGCACUCAGGGCGUGA